GGUACACUUUCGCUCAACCAUACACUUGCGACGCCCACCGCACAGACCCUACCAUCGGGCAGAUCACAUACCUCGUACAAGGAAGCCAGACAAAGACAAAUCAAUAUCCCCGGUCAUCUUACGUAUCCCAAUGCGCAGUUCCAAUUCUUCAACCAAAUCCAUCGGCGCCAAAGAUUAAUUGAGAAACUGGGUAGCUCAUCGCGAGACAUGGCGAGACAGCUAGAAGUUCAUUUCUUUGUGUCGACUCUCUUACCCGACUCAGGAAAAGGUCUCGAUUUCCGGGAUGAACAGGAGCCCUACCUUGGCGUGUGUUCUUUGUUAAUCUAAUCAUUCAUUCCAUACCGGAUCCGGUACUCUCUUUGACAUUCCAACAUUCCACCGUCCUUUGUAAGUGACACAUGUUUCUAUGCAUCAAUUCCACUCCUUCUUGCAAGUGGGCCUGGAGCGCCCGACUUACUAUCUGUGUGAAACCCAACCACUGUGUCACAAACUUGAACACAUGAAAGUGUCAAGGCAGUCAAUUGAACAUGGACGACCAAGGCAACUCUCAGCUACAUAGUAGCGAACAAGACUCAUCACCUCCAGCCGAGCCUGCACAACUUACCCAAAGGAAUCUAGAGAGAUUCAACUUGCCAGUACGAGCCUCAAAGUCUUCAAAUUCCCAAUCACCUCCAGCUUCGGACGACGCAACCUCAAAAAUGCAAAAUUCAACAGGUUUGAAUGCCAUUUACAGCGAUCUUGAAUCGGCUGGCAUCCACAUCGUCCCCGUCCCAACCCCUCUCCAGAUUCAGUCUCAAAUGGAUGUCAUUUUUCAGCGCCCGCUAUCUGUGGAGAGAAAAGAACAAAUCGUCAAAAUAGCAGCAAAUGCAUAUGAAAGAUACACAUACAUUGGAAGAACUGCAAGAGAAGACGACUGGUUCGAGAUAAUUGUUCGAGCACUCGAGGAGAUGAAUUCGGACAAAAUCUUCGCGUUCGUGAGAAAAGGUGAAUUCAGCUCAAGACUUCGGCCCAUCUUUGCUCAGGAGAAUCAACCCAACAAGAGCGCUGUCAUAGAUAACCUCCCACCAAAGCCGGUCGAGUCACAACCUCCUGUCCGACGAUCAGCUAGGCUGCAUUGCACAUCUCUUCCACCUCAACCGACCCAAGGCCCCCUAUCUACUCUUCCAUCGCAGCCGACUGAGGUUCCAGUGGCAGACACCCGAGUUCCAGCUCCUCAUCCGGACGUAACAGUGGGUGUUCACAUCUUUGCAAUAGUGAAGGCGCUAGUUCAGCGUGGUCUCAACGAGAGCGACGUCAAGCGAUUCCUCGGAGAGUUACAAGAUCGGGAAGCACUCUGCUUCGACCCUUUCAAAGCAGGAUGUAUGAACCUUCGAUAUCCGUUUUUGGUGAUUGAUGGAAAAGCAUUCUUAACAAAGGGUGAGCUCAGUGUGGCGUACUCCCAAGCUGCCCGAGCCGGCUGCUAUAUGUUGAACCACCAGCGAGAACUCACCGAGGCGUUUCAGGAUAGCGUUUUGAUUCCUGGCAAUGGGGAGACGCCGCUCGCCUUUUCGAUUCCGUUCAAAGGAUACAACUAUGAGCUAUGGGUUCACCAUCACCACCCUUCGACAGCGACACCUGGUACUCACGAGUACUACAUGAAUCAUGUCCAAGGUUAUUCUGUGACGAGCUUGACGGAGUUUCUAAUGCAGUUGGAUCGCUUGAUGGGUUGGUACAAGGACAUCGUUCUUUCAAAGGUGACGGACCUCUUGUUUCAGGCUAUGAUAAGGGGGUGAGGGAGAGGCAGAUAGACCUUCGUCGGUUGACGGGUUCAGAAUUAUUGUUCCUAUUGACCUCAUAUGCUAGAAUAUGGCAAAUCAGCCUUGUCAUUGG